AUGUCGUCUCCUCGCGUCACAAGAUCCAAUGCGAAGUCAGCCCAGAAGGAAACAGCGACAUCCCGGAAACCUCCAAGGGCGGGUACCGCGAAGAGCAAAGCAAGAAAAGCAGAUACCGAAGGUAACGAGGCAGCGACUUGGGACGAUGCUGAAGAGAAGGAGUUUCAGAGGAUGCUGAAGCGGAAGAAGCAAGCGCUUCAGCGCAAGGAGAGCGGCCGUCAGGGCGACGUGCGUAAGAAGGCCUUAGACAUGAUCCAAGAAGAAGAGCAGUCCGAGGGCGAGGAGACGCGACCACGUAAGAAAGCGAAGAACGCAUCAGGCUCUGGUCAGCCUGCGAGCGGAGAGGAAGCCGAUGAGCAGACAGAGCAGGAGGACGAGCAAGAGCGUGAUGAGGUGGUACAGUCUGAGAGCCCCAGGGCCAAGCGUCGCCCCCAGCCAAAACCCGCCUACAAGCAGGGGAACCUCAAACUUCGUGGCGACGACAACGAGCGUGACGCGAGGCCCGGGCUUGACGAAGGAGAGGGCAGCAUUGCUGCCGGUCUGUUAGAUGAGACGCAGACGUCCCCGCGGUCGAAGGUGAAGGGCAAGGGAAAGGGAAAGGGAAAGGUGGUGACGGUGAGCGGUCUUGUGAAGGAUCAUGACGGAGCAGAUGAGACGGAACCUGACGGGCCCAAGAGCGCGCGAGGGAGGAAGCUGACACCUUACACGACCGUCGGUAAGUCGAAGGCCGCCGCUUCUGCCAAGAAGGCAGCGGGCAGCCAGAAGGCCGGCGGUUCACGCAAGCAGCUGAGGGAUACUGACGACGAUGAUGAUGAUGAUGGCGAUGACGACGACGACGACGACGACGACGACGACGACGACGGUGCCUACGACGAAGACGCUCUCAGCGUCCACAGCUCAGACGAGGAUGUCAGCGGUGACCAGCUAAUCGAUGAAGACGACUCGGAGAUGGUCGUCACACAGGGGAAGGACAAGAAGUCCGCGAGGGCCAAGAACACCAAGCCGCGCCAGCGUGUCAAGUUAGCGGACCUCCCUCCCAAGAUCCGCGCCCUUGCCGUCGUGGCUCAAAACUCGCUCCGCCUCACCCUCUCGCUCGAGUCGGCCUGGACCAGCGACUCCAACGUCUCCAGCCCACGCCUGCUCGCGAACGUCAACCUUACAGCCGAGGCUCUCAAAGACGCACGCAAGGGCAAGAAUAAGGAUGCGCGGGAGAAGAAGGAACUUAGGCGGGCGUAUGCGAAGGUGCAGGCGGGGGAGGGUGACGAGGGAAAUCAUCUGCGGACGUCAGUGAAUACCGUGGUGUGGGCGGUGGCUGCGCAGUUGCGCAACGAGGUGAAGAAGAAGGCUAAGACCGUGGUUGAACACGCGUACGGCUUGAACAUGCACCCAAAGCAGCGGCGUGUAUCUCUCGCAACAUGGCUCCUCAAGACCCAUCCAAUGCGGGUGAACGGUGUAAAGCACGACAUCCCGAACUUUGUGUUCGGGGACAUGGAGCUUGCGUGGAAUAAGGACGGGCUCGACACUAAGAAAUGCCGCGUGAGCCCCGAGCAGCCGUUCCGCCACCCAGCGAUCGCCGAGAUUAUAGUGCAGCAAUGGUUCCUGGGGAACGGCGGCGCCGGUCAAGCGGUCCAUCGCUUCCGCGAGGUGCCCGACAACCUCAUCUGCCUCGUGUGCAACUCGAUCGAGCUUGGGCUCAAGGAAGCCGUUAGCUCUACUCAGAUCAUGUUCACGAACAGGCAGUUCGCUCCAAAGUGGGAUAGUCUCAUGACUAUACUGGAGGCCAUGCAGGAGAACGCGCCUGACUACUACCGCGACCUCAAGACGUACGUUUGGGGCCGUAUCAGUCAGCGUGUCGACGGCAUCACCAGCGAUCAGUCGGACGACGAGCCAGACGAGAACUUCAUGGACUGGACGGCUUUGCAACAGGCCGCAAAGCCGGCGUCACCGUCCAGACCUGCCAGUGGGCCGUCAACAUCGCGUCCAACCACGGCGAAACCGUCCUCGGCGAAACCGUCCUCGGCGAAACCGUCCUCUUCAAGAGCCGCUGCGAAGUCAGCGCGGACCGCUGAGCAAGAGAAGGACGGCGAGGUCGCGGUUGACGAGGUCGCGGUUGACGAGGUCGACGAGCUGCAAGAUGAACGGGAUCCGGUUGCCGAAGGUCGUAGGCAGGGCGAUGUCCGUGCGUACGAGUUCCAAGGCAUAUAUCCUACCAAUCAACACUCCCUUGGACUACUAGAGUACGUAUUUCAGUCGACGUCGACGUUUCCUCCACUUCUGCCAUCUGUCUCGCCUCACGCGUAUCAGCCCAAAGCCACUAUCAUCUGCACAACCUAA